UACGCUACUGACCACAUUCACACAUACUCGAAGAUGAAAUGGUACAAUUGCUUAGUUCAAAAAAGAAUUACUCAAACACGUUCAAAACCAUGUUUGUUUUGAUCUUCCUUCGUAGAGGAUGGAGUCCCACCACGCGUGACGUCAGCAGCGGCAGAGUCAGAGAGCUUCCACAUUCUAGUCUCCCGGUUCAUCAUUGCCAUAUCGCGGAGCAUAGAAUUACCAUCCAGGGUUUGCGCAGCCGAACCGAGUCCCUGCAUCAGUCAUGGCGGCGCCGUUAGCCCACUUCGACGAAGACUGGCAGGAUUUCAAUGAAUUCAAGGCGGCCUCCGGGUCGCCCAACCGACUGGACCAGCUAAACUCGAACAUGGCUGAUUCGGGACUGGUGGAUGAUUUCUCAGACCUCGACAGCUUCUCCGGGGAUAUAUGCAGCUUCACAUCAAUGGAGGACCUUGUCCACGACUUCGAUGAGAAGCUGACAGUUUGCUUUCGAAAUUACAACACCAAGACUGAAAACAUAGCCCCUAUUAAACCUAUCACAGAAGAUCAUUUCCUCAAAGACGACGAGGUGUGGAAUGCUCUGACAGAUAACUAUGGCAACGUGAUGCCAGUGGACUGGAAGACAUCUCACAUUCGCUCCCUGCAUCUCCCCACACUCAACCUCUGCAAGCAGGGGAAGCUGGACAACAUGCCUCUGGACCUGUCUGAUGAUGAGGAGCUGAGGGAACAGAUGGACAUGCACUCCAUUAUUGUGUCCUGCAUCAACGAUGAGCCGCUCUUCACUGCCGAACAGGUGAUCGAGGAGAUUGAGGAGAUGAUGCAGGAGUCUCCAGACCCAGAGGAUGAUGAGAGCCCGUCCCAGUCAGACCUGUCCAUGCUCUCCCAAGAUCUCAGUAACCUCAAACGCUCCAGCUCCAACACCAGCUAUGAGGACCGCUUGCGUCGUCUUUCAGUCUCAGAGCUGAGCGAGGCAUUGGAGGAGGUGGAGACGGCCAUCAGGCGCUAUAGUGAGGAGCUGAUCCAGGCCCUGGCCCUGAGGGAUGAGCUGGACUUUGAGAAGGAGGUGAAGAACAGCUUCAUCUCACUGCUCAUCGACGUGCAGAAUCGGCAGAAGGAGCACCGUGAGUUGCUCCGCAAGAAGAAGAAGAUCAGGCCCACAGGCAGCGCUCAGAGGGCAGACAGGACACAUGUCCCUGGGACGCUCUUCACUAUGGAAGGGCUGUCCACUGUCAUUCAGAACGGCCUCCGUCAAACUUUCGGCAUCACAGGAGGGGACAAACAGUAUCUGACCACAGUUAUCCCCUAUGAGAAGAACUCUGGCUCCCCCUCUGUGGAAGACCUUCAGAUCCUCACCAAGAUUCUGCAUGCCAUGCGGGAGGACAGUGAGAAGGUACCCAGCCUCCUAACAGACUACAUUCUCAAAGUGCUGUGUCCCACAUAAACCCAGUGGAGGAGGCACCUGUUCUACAACACUCUGAACACACUCAAGGCAUAAGCACUUUUUAUUUUUUAGGAACUCAACUUACUGUCCCUGACCUCCAGGGGGCCCUCAUUGAUUUUGUUAGUCACUCAGAUAUCAAUAACAUGGCAUAAGCCAUGGUAAAGUGAUGAAUUGUAGGAAAUGAUUCACCCCAUGGUAAAAUGGGUAGAAAUGCAAUAAUGUCUCUCUGCCCCAUGGCAGAACUAGAAUUGCAUGAAUUUUUCGUAGAAAAUUGCUAAAUGUUCUCUCUGCCCCAUGGCAAAAUGUGUAGAACUGCAGGAAAUUAUCUUUAAAACAUGCAUUUUUCUGACUGUCAUCAAGAGGGGUCCCAUGAAACAAAUUUGCCGCUCUUAGAGCCCCCAAAAGGCUAAAGCUGGCCCACAUAAACUCAGGAGCUGCAUAGUUCUUGAACAUACCAAUGGAAGGAGUCACCCACCCCCCUAAUAAGGUGGACUCUUCCUGAUGGAGUAUUUAUUUUCUCCACAACAACUUUUCCCGCAACCUUUUGAGAUUCACAUUUCAAUGCCUGUUUUACCUUAUAAUCUUCUCACCUUUUACGUGUAAUCUUAAUGUUUUUUUAAUGUUGUAAUGCUAAUAUCUAACAUUCGUUUUAAUGUCUUCUCUGCAUGUUAGCAGUAUUACUCUCCAUUGUCUAAAGUGGCUUGCUGUUCUCAUCUUCUAUCCUCCGUUUGCACUGAUGUGAAGGAGAUGGAAAACAAAUUCCUCUUCAUUCACCUGCCUGCCUUUUCACAUCAUUAAAGGUUAGGGUGAGGAGACAAGGAGAAGAAGUCACUUGACAAUUGGGAUGCAGCUUUUCUCUGUUAAACUGGCUAAUUCCCUCUGUGUGUGUAUAUAUAGGAGGGAUGGGAAAAUAAGGCUUCUUGAACCAGUCUAACUAGGGCGGGAUCAGUCCAAUGGGAGCUCAGAGAGCUAUUGGUUCAGAGCAAUUAAUGAUUGACAGACCAUGGGAUUAGUGGGGUUCAGAAGCCUUGUUUUCACCAUCUCUUAGGUUUUAUGUUUCAUAAACCCCCUUAAAGGUUGUGCACGUCUUUGCAUGCUGCUACAUAGGAUUUAGCGAGCUACAUCGGUCAAAUAUUAUAAAGCAUUGUUUGUAUACUACAAUGUGAAAUUGCACAGAUGGAACUUUUUUUUUUUAAGUGAUAACUUCUCGAAAAAGGGAAAAAUGACAGAAGUUAGUAAGAAGGUAACAAAGAACAAACUUGUACAGCUUUUUAUUUUUCUGUAGUUUUAGAGAGAUGAGGGACUUUUUACUGCCAGCAGUGUGUGGCCACUUAUUAUGACAUCACCAUUGUUAUGUAAACACUAGCCGUCAACCUCUGACCCCUCCUAGGGAUGUCACAUGACAUCACCCUGUAUACUUGCCUCAUACCUCCUCUAUAAAGUACAGUAAGUGAAGGGUUACAGCAAUAAUAAUAGAAUGUAAAAUAAUGGUUAAAUUGCUGUGAGUUGAUCCUGCCAUGUUGUGUUUAGAACUAAUAACUCUUUGGUGUUGUGUAAAUGUUGGGGAUCUAGUGAUGACAUGUUAUCUUGUUUUGUCUAGUGGAUGUAGCAACAGUAGUAGAUCACCAAAUCGUUGCAUGCACUUAUGUAGACAAUUUAAAGGAUGUAGAGAGGUUUCUGUACAAAAGCAGGAGAGAUUUUUCAAACAUAAAUAUUUCAAAAACCCAUUGUCUACAUCCACAACCACUAACCUUCAGCACUGUCUAUAAUAUCACCUCUGUACAAUCCUGUCAAAUCAUCAGCAGUAACUAAGCUCAGUGCACAAUAAUUACAAUAACACACAAGCCCAUCAGGUCUGGUCUAUCACGACUCUCAGGUACACCCAGAGCAUCGGUUCUACAGCAGCCAGCCUGUCCACAGAAAUACAGCAUUAUGGAUCCUGUUAGGAAGAAGAGUGUAGAUGUUGUUACGCCAUGCUUGGGGAUAAUGUGGAAGCAUUAGCAAGCCCAUCAUCCUAUAGCUUGAGUAGCCAUUUAGUAGUUUUUGUCUGUCCUAGGCCUGAGUAGUAAUAUAGUAACAUCAGUGAUAAGGCUUCAGACAAGUAUAGGCUAGUACCUAGCUAAGUGGACGUUGUAGCAUCAGCUUGCAAAAGCUCUGUACCAAGGCAGCCUGACACCUAUAGACAGCAACUAGAUAUCCCAGGUGGGCCGCUGUAAGUCAAUGGUAGUGCCAGUCCUCACUAGUAGAAGUCUGAUGUAUUUGGCAGGAAUCAUCGAGUCUAACGGAAGCUCUCUUUCCCCUGUAUCAAAGUGUAUGUUAUGAAGAGAUGUUGGGUUUUAGUUGAGGGUCUCAGAUGACCUUUUUUUUUAGUAAGGGAAGCCAGUAGACCUCUACGUACUGUACAGAAUCAUAUGUAACUAUCUUUGAACUGUAGCAAGCUUCAGAAGCAUUCAGAACCCCAAGCAUGUGCUGCAUGCACUUUAUCUACUUUUACUUAAAGUAAAUAAAAUGAAUGAUAAGGAUUAAGGUCACACUAAAGGGAUCCUUAGCAUUGAACCACAUUGUAAUAAGAAAGUUAAGCUGAACUGAAAUGUAUACUAGCUUGGGUGGGGUUUGGACUCCUUGAAACUAGUCGAGUUGAGAACUAGUAUUAUUCUGGUUGUCUUGGAGCGGCAUGGGGUUGUCACAGAGAUCAGAGAAGGUUAUCGACUCAGGCUGAAGCCCCACCCCUCGUUGCAUGUCUGCUAAAAUAGAGGGACCAUAUCAGCGUAUAUCCACGCUUUAUCUAGAGAUUUAUAUUUAUAUAGACACAAGCAACAAAUAAGGCUGCCUUUGUAAAUGCCAGAACUUUUGUAUAAUAGAAUCUACUCAUUUAUUUUUAAUGCAAUAUACUUCUUCCCCCAUUUUGGGUUUUUAUGUUUACUUGUCUUGUUGUCAUGAGGUACUAAUGUACAUUCAUUUAUUCAGUAAAUGUUUGUUUUGUAACCAUAUCGACUGUAGUGGUACAAACGUUUUGUGCCAGAAUUACAUUGGAACUCAUUUCAAAUAAAAUAAUGUUUACUUUGGUGUCAUACUA